AUGGAGUGGGACCACGAGUGUCAGAAGGCCUUCGACACCAUCAAGGCCUACCUAAUUCGGCCGCCGAUAUUGGCACCACCCGUGCCGAAUCGACCCCUCAUUUUAUACCUCACGAGGCUCCGACAGUACACGCUCUAUCACACGAUCCGCUUGCUGUCAAAAGCGGACCCCCUGCGGUAUUUACUCGACAGCCCCUCCUCCAUGAGGAACAUCGCAAAAUGGCGCUGUCAACUGACAGAGUACGACAUAGAGUACGUGCCCCGCACGUCUGUCAAGGGGCAAGCGAUUGCCGACCACCUAGCAGAAUUCCCGAUCGACGACUACACGCCGAUUAACACGGACUUCCCGGAUGAAGGAAUCCUCCAGGUGGACGAAGAGAAAGAGGAGCCAACAUGGAAGAUGUACUUUGACGGGGCUGUCAAUUCCGUGGGAUCAGGAGUUGGGGCGGUUUUGAUAUCCCCGGACGGGCGCCAUUACCCGGUCGCUGCGAAAGUGGACUUCUCCUGUACCAAUAAUGUGGCCGAGUACGAAGCGUGCAUCAUCGGUUUGCAAGCGGCGGUCGAUUUCAAGGUGAAGGAGUUAGAGGCAUUCAGUGACUCCAUGCUCACAAUCUUCCAAACGCUGGGGGCAAUGGAAGAUGAAAGACGCGAAGUUAGUCCCGUACCAUGA